UUACUUUCAUCCGAUGUUUAUGGUUUGAGAAUGACAUACCUAAAUAUACAUUCAUUUUGGGAUUGAUCCGAAGUAUUGCAUGGAAUUUAUAUUUAUUUGCUCUCUUAAUCAUUUUCUCAUACGGAUGUAGAAAGGCGUAGAGUUAAGAAAACAGCACAGAGAAACAUCAUACAAGUUUUUUUAAAUUAGAAAAAAGGAAGACACAUACGUGACAAGGUAUCACAAGAUAUGGAGACGGAGGCCAUUAUUUCAAUAUUUUUGUUACUUUUUGUCAGAUAUUCAAAUGGUUCUGAUUUCAAGAGAGUUUGUUAUUAUGGAACAUGGACAAACACGCUUCAAGUAAUAUCAGGCAGAUUUUACAUCAAAGAUAUUGAUCCAUUUCUGUGCACCCAUGCCAUAUUUGCAUUUGCUAAAGUUAAUACAGCAAAGCUAAAGCUUGAAAGACUGCAAGUUGAUGAUGACAAUGGACUCCUUCCUCCUGAUGCGAAAGGAAAAUAUUUCGAUUUUACAAAUAUUAAAAUAAGAAAUAAGAAAUUAGUAACACUGCUUUCUAUUGGUGGAGCAACAUCAUCGGAAGCUUUACAUAAUGUAGCAGAGACACCCGAACGACGAAAAGCAUUUGCUAAAAAUUGUCGUAUCUAUUUACGUGACCGGAAUUUUGAUGGCUUUGAUAUUGAUUGGGAAUAUCCUGGAGUAUUUAAGGACAAAUUUACAGAACUAUUAAAGGCAAUGCGUUCGGAGUUUGACAAUGAUGACGCAAUCAGAACAAGUCACAAGCCAAGAUUGGUACUUUCUAUAGCAGUUGCUGCAGGAAAACCCAACAUUGACGAAUCCUACAAUGUUAAAGAAAUUGUCAAAUAUGUAGAUUUUAUCAACGUUAUGGCGUAUGACUACUUUGGUACUUGGAGUAAAGUAUCAGGAUUUACAGGUCCUCUAUUCUCAAGAUUAUCAGACCAAACCUAUAAUCCUCAGCUGUCACAGAACUGGACUAUACAGUACUGGAUGAAAAAAGGAGCACCUCCAGAAAAGUUAGUAAUGGGGAUUACGGCAACAGCUUUAGCUUUAACACUGAGAAGUCCAUCCAAUCAUAGCAUUGGAGCUCCAGUGAUAAACAGUACUAUUGUAGGUCCAAUAAGGAAAUUGAGGGGCCAGUUGUCUUAUUUCGAGUUAUGUGACAAAGUCAAAGGACUUCGUGGAAUAUGGGACGAUGAACAGAAAUAUACCUAUGCAUAUUCUGGUAACCAGUGGUUUGCAUAUAAUACCCCGAGAAGUAUGAUAGAAAAGGUUAAAUACGCCAAAACAAUGGGAUUAGGAGGUAUAAUGUUUUGGACAUAUGAUCUUGAUGAUUUCUCUGGUAAUCAUUGCGGACAGGGAAAAUUCCCUUUAUUGAACGCUAUAAAGGAUGCUGCAUCUAAUACAAGUUUUACCAAAGCGCCAACUACGAUAGCGACAACUACGAAAGCACCAACUACGACAGCGCCAACUACGAUAGCGACAACUACGAAAGCACCAACUACGACAGCGCCAACUACGCCACAAUCAACACCAACUAGAAAACCAAGCAAUCCACAGGAAACAGUAGCUAAGACGAACAAAACUGACUCUGACAAUUCAACAGAAUCUCAGAUGACAAGCACAAUAACAACACUUUUAUAUACUGAUACAAAAACAACACUUGUAUCUACUGAUGCAAAAACAACGGAAUUUAUAACCACUACAAUCCGAACAACACCCAGACCCUCGUUUAUAGUGUACAAUAUAAAUCAAGCAUCACAUACUAAAAUUUGCAAUGUUUUAUGGAUGACGAUGAUUAUUACUACUUUGUUUAUCUGUUGUGGAGAUUAAUUUUCAUGAGGGGAAACAGUGGGCAAAUGCAAUCAAAGUUACAGAGUUAAAAGUAAACUGAUAAAAUUUUGGAUAUACGUUAACUAUUUGUAUUGAAACAGUAAACUUUGGCAUCAAACACGUUUGUGCGGUGCUCGGAUUUUAUGUCAAACGAGAUUUUUUUCUUCAAAUUUUCAAUUAUGAUAUUCCCGUGUUAAUUCUCCCCUUCCCCCC